GGAGAAGCUGAGAAAGAGCUUAGCACCUUACAAGAAAGGGUCACUCGCUCACACUCUCAGCUCCUUAGUCAACCGUCUUUUCAUUUUUCUUAAUACCGCUCGUGUCUUCAGAGAUACUAGAGUGUCACUGUAGGCAAUAUAUUGAACUUUGGAGUUUGUUCACGCUUUUCAACGCAGGGUCAAAAUGCAGACGCCCAAGCCCAUCGAAGUCCUCCAGAGUUUCGCUGCCAAACACGGGGUGGAUGUCCUCAACAGGGAGUUCGCUGAAUUGAUGGAUUCCUUGGACCCUUUGCGAGGAUGCAGAGAGAGAUUCGCCAUUCCAAAGCGAGGGACACUACCCGGAGCAGACCCCGAUGUGGCCGAGGGAGACGAAGAGUGCGUCUAUCUCUGUGGGAAUUCCCUGGGGCUCAAACCCGUCAAGGCCGACCGUUACAUUCAAGAUCAGCUCGACAAAUGGGCCAGAAUGGGCGUUGAAAUGCACUUCGAAGAGCCCCUCCCAGCGGCCAAAUGCGACAGGUACCUUCGGGAGGAGCUCGGGAGACUGGUGGGCGCCGACCCGUCCACCGUCUGUCUGAUGAAUGGCCUGACAGUCAAUCUGCACCUGUUACUCCUCUCCUUCUACCAGCCAACGCAAACCCGCUUCAAAAUCCUCCUCGAAGGCCACGCGUUUCCUUCUGAUAGAUACGCCAUGAGAUCCCAGGCGGAACUUCGAGGUUUUGACCCUAACGAAGCGGUGUUGGAGAUCCAGCCCCGAGAAGGCGAAAGCACUCUCCGCACAGAAGAUAUUCUAAAGGUGAUCAGAGAACAAGGCUCCAGCAUCGCCGUCGUGUGCCUGAGCGGCGUCCAGUACUACACGGGCCAGAAGUUCGACAUGGAGGCCAUCACGAAGGCAGCGCGGGAGGAGGGCUGCCUCGUGGGUUGGGACGUCGCUCACGCCGUGGGGAACGUGCGCCUGGAACUCGAUAAGUGGGGCGUCGACUUCGCUUGCUGGUGCACUUAUAAGUACCUGAACAGCGGGCCAGGAUGCAUCGGUGGGGCGUACGUGAACAAGCGGCACGAGAGCGGAGACGCGCCUCACCUCAAGGGCUGGUGGAGCAACAAGGAAUCGACGCGGUUCCAGAUGCGCGACGGCUGCGACACGGCGCCCGGCAUCGAUGGCUUCAGGCUGUGCAACCCGCCGCCGAUUCUUGUGGCUCUCGUGAAAGCCAGUCUGGAGAUAUUCGACGAAGUGGGAAUGGAUAAGAUCCUGGACAAGCAGUUCCUUCUGACGGGUUACUUAGAGCUCCUUCUGAAGGCCCACUUCAGCAUCGGCGACACUGAUGUCCCUACAACCACGAUCAUUACACCAGAGGACGUCAACGAGAGAGGAAGUCAGCUCUCCCUGGAGUUCUCUUACCCGCUCCAUCAGGUCCACAAGGAGCUGCAAAAGCGUGGCGUGGUGUGUGACGUCCGCCUCCCCAACGCGAUGAGAAUAACCCCGGCGCCGCUCUACAACAGCUUCCAAGACGUCCACUAUUUCAUCACGAUCUUGCAAGAUGUCUUUAGCAUAUGCAAGACCGAGGCUGCCUAAUGGUUCGUUUUCCUGUCGGAUUUUCCUAAGAUUUCGCUGCAAAACAAGUUCGCUGAAUCCUCUUAGGGGGAGUCUUUGUUUAAUAAGCAUUGCACUUGUGGGCAAUAUAUAAAGCCUGAGCUAUAUCAUGAUUCAGAAAAGUGAGUCUCUAGUGUGUGUGUGUGUGUGUGUGUGUGUAAGAGCGCGCGCGUGUGUGUAUGUGUGUGUGUGUUUCAUGCUCAUUACAGAGGAUGGCAAAUCCAGAAAUUUAAUUAAUACUGAAAAAGAAAAAAAUGAAAUAAGAUAAUCAGGGUACUCUCAUACUGCCUCAGCGAAAACCGCAAAUACUUGAAGUCUGAAAGUUGGUCUUAUUACCCAUUUCCUGCCUUGGCUGUAAUUUAUUGUUACAAUUUUCUGUGUAUAUAUAUAUGUUUGUAAAUAUGUUAACAAAUAAAAAUAGUCGAAUAA